AUGCUCGCCCGUGCUGCGCCCAAACUCGGAGCCUUGCGGGGAUGUCCCCCUGUCCCAGCCGGGGGGUGCCACCGGCUUGGGGGGACUGCCACCCCCACGCCCUCAGCUCCCCGACCCUUCAACCAGCUGCCAGGGGAGUGGCGAGCCGGCUGGCUCAACCUGUACCGCUUCUGGCAGGAGGGCGGCUUGAACAACGUCCACCACAUCAUGGCUCGCAAGUUCCAGCAAUUCGGGCCCAUUUACAGGGAGAAGCUGGGUGUCUACGAGAGUGUGAACAUCAUCAGCCCCCGGGACGCCGCCACCCUCUUCCAGGCAGAGGGGACACUGCCAGAGCGCUUCAGUGUCCCCCCCUGGGUGGCAUAUCGUGACUUCCGCAACAAGCCCUACGGUGUGCUCCUCAAGACAGGGGAGGCCUGGCGCUCAGACCGCCUGAUGCUGAACAAGGAGGUGCUGUCGCCAGAGGUGGUGGAGGGGUUUGUGCCCCUGCUGAGCCAGGUGGGUGAGGAUUUCAUCCGGCGGGCGCGAGCCCAGGUGGAGAAGAGCGGCCGAGGGCACUGGACGGCCGACUUCACCCAUGAGCUCUUCCGCUUCGCCCUGGAGUCCGUGUGCCAUGUGCUGUACGGGGAGCGGCUGGGGCUGCUGCAGGACUUCGUGGACCCCGACUCGCAGCGUUUCAUCGAUGCCGUGACCCUGAUGUUCCACACCACGUCACCCAUGCUCUACCUGCCGCCAGCCCUCCUCCGCCACCUCAACACCAAGACGUGGCGGGACCAUGUCCAGGCCUGGGAUGCAAUCUUCUCCCAGGCGGACAAAUGCAUCCAAAAUGUCUACCGGGACCUACGGCUGCAGCGCAAGAGCACCAAGGAGUACAUGGGCAUCCUCUGCAACCUCAUCAUGCGGGACAAGCUGCCCUUGGAGGACAUCAGGGCCAGUGUCACCGAGAUGAUGGCGGGCGGGGUGGACACGACCUCCAUGACGCUGCAGUGGGCCAUGUUCGAGCUGGCACGGGCCCCGGGGGUCCAGGAGGAACUGCGGGCAGAGGUCCUGGCUGCCAAGCGUGAGGCGGCAGGGGACAGGGUGAAGAUGCUGAAAACCAUCCGGCUGCUCAAAGCUGCCAUCAAGGAGACGCUCAGGCUGCACCCCGUGGCCGUGACCCUGCAGAGGUACACCACUCAAGAGGUCAUCCUCCAGGACUACCGUAUCCCCCCCAAGACGCUGGUGCAGGUCGGUCUCUACGCCAUGGGCCGGGAUCCUGAGGUCUUUCCCAAGCCAGAGCAGUUCAGGCCCCAGCGCUGGCUGGCAGCUGGCCCCAAGCACUUCCAGGGACUGAGCUUUGGGUUUGGACCCCGGCAGUGCCUGGGGCGCCGGAUCGCUGAGCUGGAGAUGCAGCUCUUCCUCAUGCAGAUCCUGGAGAACUUCAAGAUUGAAACCAUGAGAGCAGUGGAAAUUGGGACCAAGUUCGAUCUCAUUCUGAUCCCAGACAAACCCAUCUACUUGACCUUACGGCCGCUCGAGUCCCGGGCGUGACGAGCCUGCUCCCGGGUGACACCCAGCCCGGGAGACCAUUUCGGGACAUCCCCCACAUCCCAACAGGCACUUUCGGCUCCUUCCAGCCAGCCUCCAGCCUGGGGAUGGGAUUUGGGGGACGCCUGGGACGCUUUCAGGGCCACAGCCUUGGCUUGCUGCAUCCCUGCCUUGGCUCAAGGCUGCGCUUACGCCACGGGGGAGAUAAACUGAAGCCAC